GCAUAGUGAUCUCUGCCAUGAAGUUCUUUGCUCUGAUUGUGUUUCUUUUAAUCGCGUUGACAGCCGCAAAGGCAGAUCCUCUAUCGCCGUCAUUCCAAAAAUGCCUGGAUGAAAUAAGUGAUGCGGAGUUGUGUGAAAAUUUCAAAGACCAAUUCCCAGAAGACGCACCUGCUGUUCCUCUCGAUGAAUACACCUUCGAAGCCCAUUCUGGAUAAUCUAACUACAUUUUCGUUGUGUAAUUCCGACCAACGCGAAUUAAGCUGAAUAAUUUAUUGCGCACUGCUGCUUUAUAAGUUAAAUAAAUAAACCAAUGAUUACAUAA